UUCUCUUUCUCUAUCUUUCCCACACCCUCGAAAAGCUUCUUUCACUCCCCCCUCGUUCACCACUCUCACUUUCCGAUGCCUGCUGAGAAAAAGAUGAUAAACGUAGUCUCUUCUGUCAAGCAUAGUUCUGAUGCGUUCCAGGACUUGAGGGCUUGUGAUGUUUGUGGCAAGAAGACGAAGAACCUGAACCGGCACCUCCUCAUCCAUAUUGACUAUGAUUAUGAUGAUCGACGAUGAGUCUCGUUCAUAUUUCGAGCCAUCAAUGGUAAGUGGACGCACCAGGCACGAAUGCCCUUGGAAAGGCUGCGACGUUAGGACGACCCAGGCGGCAGGGAUGAAGGUCCACAUCAACACGAUACAGUGCCGUUGGGGAAUGGAUCUAUUGGGGGAUUUUAUGCGCAUUGCUAUAACUACGCGCCAGCCGCCUACAACUACGGGGCUCCCUACGAGGUUGUGCCCAGGGCGUUCGCAGGGGA